AUGGAGGAUGUGGUCCUGCCAGUGCGGCAGGAAAAAUUGCUGGAGGAGUUGGCCAGCUGCCAGGAGGAGGCGCCCGAAGAAGACGCGAAGUUCUGCGAUGACUUCGCUGCAUUUCAGGCCUUGCGGAAGAGAUGCCUCGACCAGCAGGCAGCUCGGCGCAAAGAAGGUGAUGCUCAAAGCCAACGCCUUGGAUGGCUCCAGCAGCUGCACCAGGUCAGUUCCGCGGCGGAAGAGGCCCAGCAGCUGGUGAUGGCGAAGCUGAAGCACGUGGAGGCAGAGCAACGAGAGUUGGAGCGGAAGACGAGAUGGCUUCGAAACCAUUGCCAGGAGGCUUUGGAACAUCAAGACCAUCUUAAUGCCUAUGCAGAGCAGAUUGCUGGGAGGUUAGAAGCCUUGUGCUGCUUUGACUCCAUCGCCAAGGAGUUGGACGACUCGGAGCUGGUGUCACGACCGGUCCAGCUGGAGGAGCUUCUGCAGCGUUUGGAAGCUGCAGCGGCCUUUGUCGAGUCGCGCUAUGACUUCCUGGACGCUCCAAGUUGCAGGAAUACCUUCGACCACCUUCGAAAUCGAGUUUGUAUCCUUCUGCGCAGCAACCUGCAGUAUGCGCUGGAGGCGGCCGAUUCGCAGGUUCAAGAUCUCUUGUGGCAGCAGGAGGAGGAUGCGACGUCGGUCGACACUCAGAUUUUUUACACAUCGUUUCACAUGAUUGCCCCGAGUGUGAAGCCUGCCAUGUCCGUGCUUUACCGACAGUCGCAUCUUCAUCGGCAAUACGCUGCAACACUGGAUGCAGCUGAAUCAUCUCUGGCAGAUCUGCGAAGAAGCUUCCCAGCUACCCAUUGGGAGUCACUGAAGGAAUUGACUCCAGAGCUUCCGGAGUUGGUGAGGCAAGCCACGAGCUACCUGUUGGACACCUCCUCGCGGGAGAUCCGCUGCUUCGAAGCCUUCUUCGAGCCACGGCGGCCCCAGGAGGCGCUCCAGUCCCUUUUGAAGGAGCUCUGCCACCGGUGUUGCCAGGUGCUGCUGCCCGCCUUGCGUGAGCACGAGUCGUGGGAGGCCCUGGCAAGCGCUGCGGAGCUGCUGAAGGCAGAGCUCCAAGACUUCCGGGGGGGCUCUUGA